AUGCUCAGCCACAAGGGGGCGUUUUCAGGGGAGCGGCUGAAGGACGGCUGCUUCGACAAUCUCAAGAUCGCCUGGGGACAAAGCCCGACUACGCGACAAGAAGUGGAUGGCUUCGUGAGUAUGCCCUCCAUGAGUGACCAGAAAGCCUUGAUCGCGUUUCUGGACUGGAAAGGCACAGGGCGCUUGGACGUUUCAGAGCUUGCCACCGUGGCAGCGGUGCAGCUGCCACUACACGCAAGGGCCAUGGACAAUUUCAUCCGCGAGAACUUUCAGGUGGAUGGAGAUGGCAAUAUUACGGUCGAAGAACUCGAACAGAAGGUUUUGCCCUACAUCGGGGAGCACUUCGAGUCCAUUACAAAUGCGAAAGAGGAGGAGAAGAAGAAAGCUGCCAAGCUUCGAUGUGAUUUCCUGCUGAUGCGACUGGACUCCGCGGUAGGGGGUACGAUUGUGGCUUCGUCGACGCAGUCGAAAUGGGUUCAAGCAGCUCUGGACGAGCUCUCACAGUGUGUCGCACAGGGCGACCCGAUUGCUGUCGCCGUGGUCUCUCGCCUGAUGACCCAUCCAGAGCCAGAGGUCAGGUCCAAGGCCGCCCAGUUGCUGCCAAAGAUUGUCACGAAAGGAGAUCCUCAGGCCUUCGAGUCGCUCUCGGCAGCUCUCGGGAACGAUUCGAGCCAAGUGCGCGAGCUGGUGGUGGAGAGUGUCCCAUCCCGUCUCCAAUGCAUGUGUGCAUGGCGGCUGCUGCUGGCACUGCUGCAUGCGGCUAAAUCGGCAGUGCCCAGAGGUUGCUUCAAUUCCGGGCGUCUGGUGUUCUGCCGCAGUGAGGGCGCCGCUGAGGCACCCGCUCCGGCAAGCCAGGAAAGUCUUGCUGGCCCCGAAGCUCUGAGGAGCAGUGGCCAGACCCUUGUUGUGGAGAUCGCCGUGAAAGAUCGGCACUUGGCAGAGCGUCUCCUGAGCGGCGACUGGGAAUCCUUGGAGGCCAAGCGGCGGCUGCAGCUGAAAGGUCCUGCAUGCCUGCAGCCAUUCGAUGAAGCCGGAAACCGAGUUUUGCAGAUCUCCUUCCCGUCAUUCGGGCGGUGGGCAAACUGGAAGAUAUCUGAGAAACACGCCAAGGACUGUGGCGACGGCGGAAUGACUUGGGCGAUGGCAGUCGGCCUGGCAAAGCUACUAGGACAACGGCCAGAGUACCCUCGACUUCGGGUUCUUGAGCUCGGUGCUGGGCCAGGCCUCGUGGCUCUGCUGCUGGCCGCGCGAGGCCAUGAGGUGGUGGCCACAGACGGCGCGGACUGUGUUCUGGCGAAUCUGCGGAGAAACGCGGCGGAGCAGAAUCGGAUUGGUGUGCGUCGGCUGCGCUGGCACGUGGAGGAUGAUCUCAGGCAUUCGCUUGGUGCUUUUGACCUGCUGGUGGGUGCAGACCUCGUGCACGACGCCACACAGUGCGAUGCCCUUCGAGCAGUGCUCAGGGCGGUCAGGGGAGCUUCGGAGGUUCUGCUCAUGGAGCGAGACAGGCUGGGGCAGGGCCGGCGAUGCGCGGAGCUCAUGCGCGGCGAUGGCUUGGACUUGGAGCUGGAGCCCGCCUCGUCGACCUCGGCGGCGACGGGUGAUGUGAUUGUGGACGGCCAGCGCAAUCCACCACAUCUUUUGUCAGAGAUGGCUUCCGCGCUUCUGAUUCGCCUCGCCUUGCCAGACCUGCGGGAAAAGGGCCGGAUGGCGAACUUCGAGGACAGUGAGACACUAGAGGUUCUUUGCGCUCGCCUGCGCACUGCAUCAGCACCAGUACAGCGGGCGGUGCUAGAGGCACUGCCCCAUGUGGCCGCUCCAUGCAGUGAGCCUGCUCUGGGCGCAGUUAGAGCUGCGCUGAAGGGCCUAGCGGCCCAGCCGAACACCGGGCUCAUGGCACUCCAUCCCGGGGCGCGCACGACAACCUGGGACCGGCCCCCGCUCGGCCUGGCGCGAACGGAGACUCUGCUGGAGUCGGCCCGUGUCAGCCCCGCUGCCCCGGAAGUGCGGCCGCUGCCAGAGAACCGGGCCGACAGCAGCGGAUGGACGCCGAGCCCACACCCUGCCGGCACACAGGUGCCUCCUACGACCCUUCGGGAGCUUCAGCCCAUACCGCUCACCAGAACUGUGGCGACGGGGCCUUCGCAGCUUCAGCGCUUGGGAACCUGGUCGCAGGCGCCUGAGGCUGCGGCUGCUCCCUGGCCCAGGAUGAUGGCGCCGCAGAGGCUUGGCGCCACCGGGCUGCCCCCUGCCGUUCCCGCGCAGCCACUGCAGCGUGCAAGCACGACGACAGGUGGGCAUCCAGCAGUUCCGCAACCCCUCCAACGUGCCAGCACAACAAACACAGGGGCAAGAGCUCCUGUCGUGCUCAGCCGAGCAUGCACCCUCACACUGCCAAGGCCGCCCGCACUUAAUGUGCCGGCCACACAGGCACGGCCAAUCGUGCUACAACGAACUGGCACAGUGACACUGGCGGAAUCCACCCCAGGCUUGACGGCACAGCCAGCACAACUGCCGGCUCAGCCAUUGCAGCGUGCUGGGACAGUGACGAUGCCGGAAACGGCUGAAAAGAGUGCGAGCGCUGCACCGAUGAGGGUAUUUUCUCCAGCCCCGGUUACGUCGAUCGUCUCGCAGGCGACAUCCGCCAGCUCCGUGCGGCGCAUGCCUACAAAGGAGGACUUGCCGGAGGUGGGUCGGCUCCUCUUUCAGUCCAUGCUCGGACGUUUGGAGGCACCGGAGGAGGAGCCGCCACGGCAGCUUCGCCUGGUGAUUGGGGGCUUGAUGGGCUCCGGCAAGAGCACUAUCUGCCGUAUGCUUCGGCACCUGCUACAAGGAACCUGGAUCAACCAGGACGAGUUUAGCAGUCAGAAGAACGCCAAGAAAGCCUUCCUCAAAGCGAUAGCAGAAGCAGCGGCUGAUGAUGCCGUGGCUGUUCUGCUUGUUGACAAGAUCAACACCGAGCGGCAACAUCGCAGUGGAAUUGUCCAGGAGAUGCGAAAAGGACGUCCAGGUGACAUUGUCUAUGUCCAAAUCAAGCAUCCAGAUGAUGCGACAGACCGUUGGGAGAACACCCUGAGUUGGUGCGAAAGCCGAAUUGCCCGGCGUGGGUCUGGACAUCGCACCUUGAUGGCAGACAACCCGCAGCUGCGUUCCAUACUGCAGCGGACAGCUCAAGCCGCGGAGCCCCUGAGCAAGGAGGAAGCCCGAAACUUUGCUGCCACACUACGUGUCAACAUGGUGCAGACUUCCAUUGUGCAGGUGAUGAAAUUGCUGCAGGAUCUGGACGAGGUGGGGCUCCUGGAGCCUCGCUUCGAACUGGCUUCGCUUCUGCAGGAGCAUCGAUUGCUCCAGGCACAGGACGCCGCCAACAGGGCGGAGUGGGAGUUGGCGGCCGCAGCCAGCAAGGGCAAGGGCAAGGGCCAGAAGGACGAAAGCCCGAAGGGCCCUCCACCGGUCUGGUACUGGGUGGUGCAGCUCGACGAGGCAUCCUCCGAGCUUCUCCUCAAGCGCUGGGAGCAGCAGGAGGAUUAUGACACGGCGGUAGCCUCCGGCAUCUCGGUAGCGAAGGAGCAUCAUGUCACGCUGCUGUAUUUGGGUGGCGGCAAGGACGAAGAAGUUGCUACAAGGAACCCGAAGUUGGAAGGGCCAGCCCAUGUUGCUCAACUGCGGGAGGAGUUCAAGCGGCGUGCAGGGGAGAAGGUGGACCUUGACGUGACGAGCAUCGUCUGGGAAGAAGGUCGCAUUGCCGCAGCAUCUGUCGCGCUGCGUGGCGGCAUUGACCAGCUCUGUGCGAACGUUCACCCCCACAUUACGCUGGGGACAGCCGCCCGUGUGAAUGCAGUCAAGAGCAACGAGGUGCUUGCCCGCCGAGCUGCAACGCUAGACUUGCAGUCGGGCCUGCAGGCAUGGCUGCAGCAACUGAGUCUGGCACAGUAUACGGAGCGCCUCGGUGCUUGGUGCCUGCAGAUGGGUGCAGCCUCGCCAGAGGAGCUCGCAGAGUUCGCAUCGGAUGCGGCCGCAGCGAUAGAGACCGACGACCCUGAGGCUCAGGGCCGUGUGGCGGAGGUGCUGAAGAGCGCCGUUGAGAGGCCGCUGCAGGAGCUAAGGCUAGCCAAUCCAUUGCAGCUGACUGGUGUCAUUCACGGAGUGUCUUUGAAGCGGCAUUGA